CCCUCGUCUCAGCAGCUGCGAGCCCUGGACUCCACCCGCGGGCACCUAUAAAUUUUUCACAUCCGUGCUCUCUUUUGAAAAUUUUUCCUUUUUCCCUUUUUUCAAGCAGGAGAAAUCCUACUUCAAAGUACUCCAAGACCUGACUCGAUACCCGUCGCCGCAGUGUCAGAACUCUCAGCUAUUGAUCGGUUCCGACCAAUGUCUUUUGCUGCAGCUGCUGCUACGGAUGCGCAGAGCUCGGCGCUGACGGGCUCGGCUUCUCGGAAGGAGUGCACCGAGGAGCAAUGGGAGCAGAAGGUUGAAGAUGUGGUGGUUGCCAAAGCACGACUGGAUGCUUUGGUCAUGAACUACCUGAUCAUCGAAGGCUACCAAUCUGCUGCAUCCAAGUUUGCGCAGGAAGCAAACCUGUCUUCUUCCGUUGCUUUGGACUCUAUCGAUGAGCGGAUCAAGAUCCGGGCGGCUAUCCACGCGGGCCGGAUUCAAGAAGCGAUCGAGCGGAUUAAUGAUCUGAACCCAGAGCUCUUGGACACGAAUCCCGAGCUACAUUUCGCAUUACUGCGACUACAGCUUAUCGAGCUGAUUCGCCAAUCCGCGUCCACACCCGACGGCGACAUCACUGCUGUGCUCAACUUCGCCACGACCCACCUCGCCAGCCGUGCGCAGCGCAACCCCGAGUUCUUAGCUGAUCUCGAGCAAACCAUGGCGCUGAUCUGCUUCAGCCCCGACAACCUAGUCCCCCAGCUCGCCGAGCUGAUGGAUCCCGAGCUGCGCAGACAGGUCUCGAUUAAAGUCAACGAGGCGAUCCUGGCUGCGCAGGGCGUCAUGCAGGAAGCCAAGAUUCGCGGACUGGUGCGCGUCUGGGGGUGGGCGGAGAACGCGGUGCGACAGGAGAAAGGCGAGGUGUUGUCGCUUGACUUGAAAAAUCUUGCGUGAUGCAUGAUGCAUGAAUAUCGGAUUUUGGAGUUUGCGUUCUACCUUUGUGCAUGUUUUUUAUUUAUUUAUUUGCGGUCUUUGUUUGGAUAUGGAUGGCUUGGGCGAAUAGGGAAUCAUGUGUAUCAGUAGUUUUAUAGGCGCCUGGAAAUGAGAAAUCGGUUGAGUAUUACCAUUAGUUGAU